UGAAAACGUUUGUGACAAAGGGGUGGAGAGAGAAACAGAAACUAUGAACGAAUGUUAGAUUAGACUGAAGUUUUCUAUGUCAUUUUAGUGUCUAUUCGAAUCUAGCCCUGAAGGAUAUUUGAACUUGCCUUUGGACUGACUUUCCCGGCUUACGAGUUAUUCAGCUCCGUUACCUCAACCAAGAAACAAGAUCCAUUUUGGUUUGCCUAUCUCCUUAAUAAACGCUCCUGGUACUGCAUUUGGGUCCCUGAGUAUCUGUCAUAACACUAUGGAUGAAUUUGAAACAAUUACUGAGGAAGAGGUGCAAGAUAUCAGAGAGGCAUUGGAGAACAACAGCUUGGCUACGGCAGCUGAAAAGAUUCAAGACUAUUUUAACCAACUAGAUCACAUUACUCUGAACAUCGCUAUCACCGGAGAGUCUGGUUCUGGGAAGUCUACCUUUGUUAAUGCUUUCCGAGGGAUUGGGGAUGAUGAUGAAAUCAACUCAGCCCCCACUGGUGUAGUGGAGACUACCAUGGAGCCUAAAUCUUACUCCCACCCAAAGUAUCCCAAUGUCCAGCUGUGGGAUCUACCUGGAAUCGGAACCCCCAACUUCAAGGCAGACACAUACCUUCAGGACGUUGAAUUUAAACGAUAUGAUUUCUUCAUCAUCAUUGCAUCAGAACGUUUCAGGUCCAGCAAUGUACAGCUGGCCAUGGAGAUCCAGAAAAUGAAGAAGAGGUUCUAUUUUGUGCGCUCCAAGAUUGAUGAGAACAUCCGUGCAGAAAAAAGAAAGAAAACCUUUGACCCUGAUAACACAUUAAAAACAAUCCGAGAUGACUGUAUUAAAGGUCUUCAGGAACAGGACUUAACUUCCCCCACAGUCUUCCUAAUUUCCAGCUUUGACCUGGGAGGCUAUGACUUCCCUUUACUUGAAGAGACAAUGGAGAAGGAGCUUCCCAAGCACAAGAGGCAUGCCUUGCUGUUUUCCCUGCCCAAUAUGACCCUAAAAAUCAAUGAGAAAAAGAAGGCAGCCUUGCAGGCAGACAUAUGGAAAAUGGCCUUACUAUCAGGCGCAGUGGCUGCCAUACCCAUCCCAGGCCUAUCAGUUGCUGUUGAUGUGACUAUUUUGGUUAAAGAGAUCUCCAGAUAUUAUAUGGCAUUUGGCCUAGAUGAUGAUUCUUUGAGAAAUCUCUCUGACAGAACAGAGGUACCCUUUGAAAAACUGAAAUCGGUUCUCAACUCUCCCCUUAAUAAGGAAAUAUCAGCUGAUGUGGUCAUUAAGCUGUUGACCAAGGCAGCUGGAGGUGGGUUAAUGCUUCUUGAGUACCUGGUCAGCAACAUUCCUUUUUUUGGAUCCGUGGCAGCUGGUGGGAUUUCCUUUGGGACCACCUACUCCAUGCUAAACAGCUGCCUGAAUGAGCUGGCCAACGAUUCACAGAAUGUGCUGUUGAGGGCUUUACAGUCUGAAGUCUAACACAUCGUACUCACCCACCAUAUUCAUUUCCUGCAUAAAGUAAAUCUAACAUGAGUUUAUGCCACUCCAUUAUGUGUUUGUUAUUGGGAGGAGGGUAUUUAUGUAUUUAGGUAUAAUAAUUAAAAAUAAAUUUUCCUUGUUUAAAAAAUAAGCACGCUUCUUAAAAUGCCAAUUCAUUUGCAUCUGACCACUCUUUUUGGCAGCCUGUGGCUCAGCAAGCAAAGCCUCUAGUUAAAAGCCUGUGGUUAUAAGGUUGCUAGUUCAAGCCCAGCUUUGGCAGUAUACUCACAUGUUUGUGGGCCCUUGAGCAAGACCCCAAACUCCUGGUCUCCCUUAGCUCUGUGGGCCCUGCUGCUCGUGGUUGCCCUUCAUUGCCAAGCUUACUGUCAAAUACAUGUGUCUCAUAGAAGGCAAGAUGGGUUCAGCAAAAAAAAAAUCCCUACAAGGAUCAAUAGUGUCAUAACCAAUUAUGUCAAGGAUCAAUAGUGUCAUAAUGUUAUAAAUAACUGGGUAUCACUGUAGUUGGUCAUUUUAUGUGUUAUUAGUUACCCAUCUGGGGAAUUAUUGUAGGUAGCUUGCCAUUUUUUAAAAUAAUUACAUUACUGGCAAACAUUCAGAUUUUGUUAUACAAUGCCUGAUUGUAUCAAGGUCAAAUCUAAAUAAAAUGAUUUUAUAAAAUGA